AUGAUGGAAAAGACUAUAGAGAAGGGUGUUGAGUCUGUUGACUCGAGCUUGACAACAUUUGAGCGAAUAAUGGAGAAACUCAAUCGCAUUGAGGAGUUGCUGGCUAUUCAAUCAAGAAAAAUGAAGCCCUCUCCCAUUCCAUGUAGCCAAUAUAGUGUCAAAUCAGUCACGCUGCAUCCACCUCCUGUUUCUGUGAUGACUCCACCGCCUCCACAUCCUGUUUCCAUAAUGACUCCCCCACCUCCACCUCCUGUUUCAGCGACAAGUCUGCCGCCUCAGCCUCCUGUUUCCCUGACGCCGCCUCCGCCUAUGCCUCUUGUUUCCAUGGAGACGCCUACUUCUGUUAUAGAGACAGUGGUCGUGGCCCCUUCAAACAUACUUGUUGCGUCACUCCCUACAAGAACUUCAUCUCUUUCAAGGGUUGCUCCCCUGUCUACAAGGGUUGAUCCCCUCUCUACAAAGACUCUUGCGCUAACAAGGAUUUAUGCCAGCUUGGCUCAUCGAGAUUGGAAGGAAUUGAGUCAAUUGACUAAGGAGUUUCUCACUACGAUAAACUUAGGCAGAAUAUAUAAAGCCUCUCCAGGGAUCACGGUGCAGCAAGGGGAAUAUGAAUAUCCUAAUCAAAUAGCUUGA